UUAAACGCUCAAAAAAUAACCUACCUCACCCGUCCUCGGAUGACGCAGACCACAACGAGCAGCAGCGGACGGUGUUUGCAAACAUUAGGAUAAACGUGAGUGGAAGGCAGCACCUUCAGUCAAGUCAGUGCUGUGCGGAAGUUAGGAAAGUGUAAACGAAACGAUAAAAAUGCCUAGUAAAAUAGCGGCCGCCUGCAAAGAUGAACUCGGUAUCCGGAACUGCGGAAUGGGUCACUACCCGGCGGAAGAGUUUGUCAAGUCACAGUGGCAAUCUCGCACCAAAUCGACCAUCUUCCUGCUGUACCGACUGGCGCUGGCCAUCUUCUUCACGGCAGUCGUCGUGAACUCGAUCGUGGUCGCCGUAACCCCGGAGGAUUGGGGCAAGUACUUCAUCUACCUGACACACUGGGGGAUCAUGAUGUGCAUGGCAACGAGCGUAAUGGGUGCCGCACUAGUGGCUCGCUGGUAUUUUCAUCCGGAAUACUCAGACAAAAUAUGCAACUGCGAUGAUAUGCCACGGGCCUUCAAGAUCUACUGGAUGAUGCACAACAUUACACUGAUCGUAUCGGUUUGCAUCACGGUCAUCUACUGGAGCAUUCUACACAAUGAGGAGAUGCCCGUGGACGCCAACAAUAUCCUUGUUCACGCCACCAACUGUGUAUUCAUGUUCAUCGAUCUGAUCAUCGUGGCCUACCCAGUGCGAAUAUGGCACGUAGUGCAGCCGAUCGGAUUUGGCCUCUUCUACUGUCUAUUCUCGGUGAUCUACUUUCUGUUCGAUGGAACCGACAAGAAAGGUCGCCCGUACAUCUACAACGUGCUUGACUGGCGCACGCCUGGACCGGCCAUGGUAACCGUUGUGGGGACAAUCGUACUGGCAGUCAUCGUUCAGGUUCUGAUGUUCUUCGCUUACAAACUACGCAGCUUCGUCUAUCUGCGCUACUUCAACCCGAAGCCGAUUCUACCGACAAAUUCCACCAUCAAUCUUCAGCAGGGCAAAAGUUGUGACGGUAUUUCAAUGGUAUACGGCAAUGAUAACCGUGGUUAUACCCCUAGCGAAAAAUAUUAGGGAUGUGAAUUGUAACGAUAGUUCGACACGUUAGGAUAAUGUCUGACAUCGGUUAUACCCUAAGACAGGAUCCGCCAGUUCAGUUUCAGGCUGUCGAGCCAAUCACGAACCAGAUUGUGAUUGGAUAAAAUGGGCAUCAACAGGCGUAUACACACUCAAUUCAGUUCGGUAAUUUCCACAACGUUGAACAGUCAGUAAAAAUUUCAACUGGUAGCUCAGCAAAGUGGCUUUAAUUCGAUGAUUUUCAGCUAUAUAUUUUCCGAGUUUCAGCAACAAACGUCACUUCUACUGAGAUCUCGGUAAAAGCUUUGUUAGCAGAGUGCUCGACGGUGUAAAAAUUGCGAAAAAUGCUGAAAUUCGGUAGAACAAAAUUAAGUGUGUAUGGCUUGCACUGAGAAACAAAAAUAUGCAUAGUUAAGUACGAUUCAGACGAUACAUUAGCUUCCGUCAACGUCAACGGAACGUCGCCGUUCCGUCAGGAUAAGUUACAUGCAGUUAAAUGGAGGCAUUCACACACAAAAUCAACGGCACGGAACGUUUUGACGUACGGCAUGUGUGAACGGGCACAACAGAAAAGUAUUAAACUUAUCCUGACGGAACGGUGACGUUCCGUUGACGUUGACGGAAGCUGAUGUAUCGUCUGA